GCUACACCAUCCACAGACUGUUAGAUACAAGUGACACAAGGAGACUAUAUUCCUCUAAAAUAAUGGAUGGGACAAAGCCGGCCAUGGAGUCCAACGCGGAGGAGACUCAAGACGAGGGACAAGAGAGCAAAGGAUGUUUCGAGUGCUGCAUCAAGUGUCUGGGCGGGGUGCCCUACGCCUCCCUGGUGGCCACCAUCCUUUGCUUCUCAGGCGUGGCUCUGUUCUGCGGCUGUGGCCACGUGGCUCUGACCGGCACCCUGACCAUGCUGGAGAACCACUUCUCCAGGGUCACCACGGACCACGGCACCCUCGCAUUGGUGAUCCAGAUCUUUCAGUACAUCAUCUACGGCAUUGCCUCCUUCUUCUUCGUCUACGCCAUCAUCCUGCUGGCUGAGGGCUUUUACACCACCAGCGCCGUCAAGAAGGAGCUGCAGAGCGACUUUAAGACCACCGUCUGUGGACGCUGCAUCACUGCCUUCUUCAUGUUCCUGACCUACAUCCUCGCGUUGGCCUUCUUCGCCAUCUUCGGCUUCACGGCAAUACCCGUUUUCCUCUUCUUCAAUAUGUGGAAUACCUGCGCUGCCAUGAAGUCUCCUGACGCCAACAUCACCUCACCUGACUCCAUCUGUGUGGACGUCAGGCAGUACGGUAUUAUUCCCUGGAACGCCACUCCGGGAAAAGCUUGUGGAGCCACACUGGGAGACAUCUGUAACACCAGCGAGUUCUACCUGUCCUACCACCUCUACAUUGUUGCAUUCGCCGGCGCCGGUGCCACCGUCAUCGCAUUGAUCCAUUAUCUGAUGAUUUUGGCGGCCAACUGGGCCUACCUGAGGAGCGCCGUCUCCACGCACGAGUACCAGGACAUCAAGACCAAGGACGACCAGGAUGUGGAGGCCGAGGCGCGCUCCAAGGAGGGCCAGAACUCCUCCUACUCAUAAGGACAAGCGAUCCUCUCCCGCCGCCAACCAUCUCCUUCUCCACACCUCAAACCCCCCCAUCCUGUAACACCCAGCGCACACCCCUCCCUCCGUUAAAACAAACCACCUCGGUCAUGUUUGAUAGUCCCCCAACCUCCUGAUUCUCCAUCCUCUUCCUGUCCAUGAUGCUUAUUAAGAGUUGUGAGCUCACACCAAAAGGGAAGAGAAUAGAGGAUCAGGAGGAGUGGCAGGGCCAGACGGAGGCAGAUGCUUCAGAACGGGAGAGCUCGCCCGCCGGGUUCGAGCUCAGGUAGGCAACGUUACAUCA